AUGACCAAAGGUUGCUAUACCUGCCGACGACGUCGCAUUAUCUGCGACAAUGGCCAACCCACCUGUCGGAAGUGUCGAGAUGCGGGGAAAGAAUGUCUGGGGUACCAGAAACCGCUUGUUUGGGUCAAGGGUGGUGUGGCUAGCCGAGGAAAGAUGAUGGGCCGCAGCUUUGAUGAUGUGGAAACACCGCCUAGCAAGCCAAAGCGCCAGCCAGCUACCGGGACAUAUGGUUCGCCUGCAGCGAGCAGCGGAUUCGGCUUUUUCUCGAUCCCCGAAUCAUCAUCCGAUGCCGAAUCGCACAGCUCUGGGAAUCAACCUAGUCCGGAGACCGAUGGAUGGGUUUUUGAGGCGGAAAAUUCUACAUUUGGGGGAGAAAUUGCGCACUUGGGGGUCAAUUCAGCCGACGAGCAGGACACCGCAGUUGUUCAUGUUCCUCGGAGCACUCCUUCCGCCGACUAUACUCCAACGCCAUGGGGACUGGUAGAUCCACUGCUCAAAGAUCUCAGCCACUUCUCAAGGUACUAUGUACAUCACUACAAUCAAUAUAUGGUUAACGACUUCGCCCUUUACUCUCAACACAAAAAUCCCUUCCGAGAUCUUACUGCGCUGGUCAAUCAUUCUCCUAUUCUCGCUAGCAGCAUCGCUGCUCUUGGAGCUCUUCAUUACUCCCUUGUAUCAGAAUCGGACUCAUCUGUCCUACCAUGGUCAUCAGGCAAUCUAUCGAUGUCAGUAGAGGAAAUUGAAGAUAUUGUUGCGCCGGCAAGUUCUCGAAAGCCGACUUCGCAGGCAUAUCAUCAUUUCUUGGAGUACAAGCAGCGCGCCCUUCGCCAAUUAUCUAUGGAUCUAAAUAACCCAGCGAUGCAGAAGGACGGCAGGACCUUAGCUGCUAUCGUCUUGCUUGCCUUCAUAGACAUAUUUGAGUCCGGCAGCGGGGCCUGGAGUUAUCAUAUCGAGGGCGCGAAGAAGCUUCUCAAGGACCGACCUGAAAAUGGUCCGGGACAAGGUAUCCUCGACGACUUGGACGCUUUUGCCCUUGACGGGUGUUUAAUAAUGGAAAUCAUGGGAUCAACGCUAGCUCGCCCAGGCGCGCUCUCAAAGCCCUUCUACUCCUCAUCCAUGGGCCCAGAGAUCCUCAAACGCCUCGAAGAAAACUCUUGGGUUGGAUGUCCCGCCUAUCUCCUAGAAGUGAUUUUCUUCAUCCACGCCCUCUGGUACCCAGAGUCCGAAGUUGCCGCCAUAACCCCCCAACCAACAGCGCUGCAAAACCCAAUCCAACCCGGCCAGCCCAUCACCCUAGAAUCAUUUGCAAGCCUCCUCCAAGGAAUCCGCAACUUCGACCCAAUAGCCUGGAGCCAAGAAAUGCAAAAUGUCUUCUUCAUCCCAAACCUCACCUACCGUCUCGCACUCGCAACCUCCUACCAAGACGCCGUCUACCUCUACACAAGCCGUGUCCUCUCACGCACUAGGGAAGGUUUCUCACCCCCCUGGACGGAUGUCGGCCUCCCGCUCGACCACAGACUCAUCGCCACAAACCUCAUCACGCAAAUCUGUCUCGUCCCCGAUUCGGAUCCCCACUUCAAAUGCCUCAUAUGGCCCACCUUCAUCGCUGGCGCGGAGUGUCGCCCUUCGCAGCGGGGUCUUAUCCUUGAAAAGCUCGGCUCGCUCUAUGAGGCCCUGACGAGUGUUAAUGUCCGCAAUGCUGCGUGGGUUCUGCGUCUCAUGUGGCAGAAACAGGAUCUCAAGCGCCGUGAGCGUCAGAAUGGAUAUGAUAAUAAUGAUUACGAUCUUGAAUUUGACUGGAUUGAGGAGCUGGAUCAUACGCGCCUCGACUGGUUGUUCAUUUAA